AUGCUAACAAUUCUCUUGAUUUUUUCGAUUUGGCAUGGAUUUCUGUCAAUUUUCGGAAUAAUUUCAAAUUGUCUUUUGAUUUAUUUGAGUGUGUUCAAAUCACCAAAACAAAUCCGUGUUUAUGCAACUUUUAUAAUAAAUUUUGCGUUUACUGAUGUUGUGGCAUGUUUUAUGGAUGUAUUUGUGGCAUUUCGUUUAGUUCCUUCAUCCAACAAUUUUGUAUUAUUUUAUGUUUUCAAUGGAUUAUGCCAAUUUACUGGCUUGAAUUCUUGUAAAAUUGGGUAAAUUAAUUAAAAAUAUAUUAACUUUUGUCUAUUUUAUUAAAGAAGACAGAAGGUUUCUUUAAUCACAUCACUAAAUUUCCAAAAAAUCAUACAACUUUCUUGAAACAGUGAAUUUUUGUGAUUUGAAAUUUUUAUGAACGAUCCAUUAAAAAAUCAGACAAACUUGGACCCAAUCCCUAAUUUUCAGAUUGAGUAUUCUUCAACACUGUAUUCCACAUGGUUUGUGGUCCUUAUUUCUAUCAUUUUUCUAUCGAUAUCACAUAUUAACUAAUGCUGGAAUGAGAAGAAGAAAAAUUGUUCUUGGACUUUUUCUUGUUUAUAUUCCAAGUUUAUUGCAAAUGUUAACAUUUCCAUUCUGUCUUCUGGAUUCAGAAGCGUCUAUAGAAAUGGCUAAUCAAUUUUUGCCUAAUUAUAAUUUCACAAAUUCUACUUCGAUAAGUGUUAUCGAUAAUGUUUUCUCAUUCUCAUCAAUGUUCACAUUUUCUCAUAUUUGUGCUCCAAUAUUCCCAUUGUACAUUCUAAUUUUCAUCAUGCGCCGAAAAAUUGUAUCAAAACUAAAUGAAUCAACGCAUUUGCUAUCAACAGAAACAAAAGCAAUUCAUAAUCAACUUCUAAAAUGCCUAACUUAUCAAUCAUUAAUUCCAGCAAUUAUGCUAAUUUCUGUAAUUUUGUAUUUAUUGCUUCAAUUUGGAAUUGUUCUUCCUAAUGAGAUUAUUGAGUACAGUAUUAUCCCAAUUUGGUUAUUGAUUCCUUGUUUUUCACCGUUUACAUACAUUUGUUUUGUUCGACCAUACAGAGAAGUUUGUAAAAGGUAAGUAUUAAAAUAAGAAACUUUUUGGAUUUUUGAUUAAUUUCAGAAAUUUGGUUUUCUGCAAAAAAGCAAAAGUUGCUUCCACACAAAAAACAUAUCGAUUCGAAUCUUCAGCUGGAUUCGCAAACGGUCAAAAAUCUCAAGUUUCAACAAUUCAAUGUUGA